UUGCAGUUAUGUGACUGGAAAUCGACUUUGGAUGCCUCAAAUGAUGCACUGAAACUGAAUGCCAGCAAUACUAAAGCACUGUUCAGACGUGCAAAUGCUUACGCUAACUUGAAUUUCAUCGAAGAGGCAAUUGAGGCUCUGAACAGCGCACAUAAAAUUGAUCCCAGUGAUGAGCUGAUCAUCAAGGAGUUGCAGCGAUUGAAGGUGCGACUAAAACUGUGUCGUGAGCAAGAACGAUCACUGUACAAACGGAUGAUAGCCGGUGCUCACAGAGAUGGCAAAUACCACCAACUGUACAGAUUCAUUCAUCGUUUCAGGUACACAUUGCUAGCAUUCUUCGUUGUUGUAUUUGCCUUAUUCAUUUAUUUCCUUCGUAUUGUUAUGGAAUGGUAA